CGAAGCAGAGACGCACACUCAGCUGGAAGCCGCUUUACCAUGUUCACAUCUGCAGGGGUGACGCAUGUGGCUUUUCUUCUACUUCUUCUCCUGACUGUCCUCACAGAUGGGGCGCUGUGUAAGAAAGUGUGCAGUUACCAGGAUGUUCUGGACCACCUGAACCUGACCGUGGAUAGCCCCGUGUUCAGGCUGACCCGGCCCGUUCUGGACUACACUCGCCCCACCGUAGUGAAGCUUGACGUCAUCCUCUUUGCCAUCCUGGCGGUGGUUGAGAAGACACAAACUUUCAUUCCUUUCCUCUGGGCCUCGAUGAUGUGGAAGAAUGAGCGCAUCUCAUGGGAUCCGGCUCAGUUCUGUGGAAUCACUCAUAUUUCGGUUCCUAAAAACAUGCUCUGGAUGCCCGACCUCUUCAUCUAUGAGAUGGUAGAGAGGGACGGCUCGGCUCAUAACCCGUACAUAUACGUCUCACAUGACGGGAUGAUCACCUCUGAGGAGGACCUGAGGGUGGUCAGCACCUGUAAGAUGGACGUCCACAAGUUCCCCUUCGACACACAGACGUGCAACCUCUCCGUCAGUUCUGCGAUACACAGCGUGGAUGAAAUUAUGCUCCUCCCUUACUCCAACUCGUCCCGAGCCACGCAGUUUUCCCGGGAGGUGAUGAGGUCUCAGGGAGACUGGGAGUUCCUCCAUCUGUCCAUCAGCGGCACCAAUUUCACCUUCAACGAUCGGGAGUGGGAACAGAUCAUAUACACGUUCACCAUGAAGCGGAGACCCCUCCUCCAUGUUGUCAACUUCCUCCUGCCCAUCAUGUUCUUCCUCAUUCUGGACCUGGCCUCCUUCUUCAUCUCAGACCAUCGAGGGGAGAAGCUCAGCUUCAAAGUCACCGUGAUGCUGGCCAUCUCCGUGCUGCUGCUCAUCCUCAACGACAUCCUGCCCUCCAUGUCCAACAAGACCCCGCUCAUCGCGACGUACUGCAUUGUGAUCUUUGCUCUGAUGCUCUUCAGUCUGCUGGAGACCAUCUUGGUUACGUAUAUUAUGGAAAAGGACUCUCAUAACAAGACCGAACCGGUCAAAGCUGACCACUGUCACAAAGAGGACAAAGUACUGGCUUGCUGUUCCUGCAUCUGCAAAGUGUCCAGCGGUGAGAAACAGCAGGAGCUUGUGGCUGAAGAGGUCAACAACAGGGUUCAGUCCGGAGAGUCUAACGUGCUGCUAUCGAUCCUGGAGGAGCUGAAGGAGCUGCAGAAAAGUCUAGAUCUGCACCUGGGCUGCAGGCAGGCGGGAGGGAAGUUCACUCUCUGGGCCUCAAGGAUCAACAGAGCCUUCUUCGCUUUCUACGUCUUCACUGUGUCACUCUUCCUGCCGCUGAUAUACAUGGAAUGGAACAAAUAGAAACCAGAAAUCAUCCAUUUUAAUCACCCGCAUUAUGUAUUGUUGGGCAUAUGUGUGAAAUUUUGUAUUUGAGAUUGAAUUAGAGGUGUCGCUGACGAGAUCAUAGUGUCGAGAAUGGAAGUUCUGUUUCAUUUUAUUUGUGCAUGAAGGAAACGUAACGGCCGAGGCCACUUCUGUGUGUCAUGUGUAACGAGUUGUUUGCAGCCAUAAAGAGAAGAAUGAAAUGUUACAUAAAUGUUGCUGUCAGUUUGUGAGUAGCAAAUUAAAUUGAUCAUCUGAAU